AUCAUCACCUGGGGCGAUAUAAGUCUUGAAGCAGUUUAGAAUACUUCGGAAAUAGUAGCUGCUGAUUAUCUCCCAGUGAGCAAGGACGAAAAAAUAAUGGAGAUAAGCCAGGUCUAAAAGGAAGAAACUUUCGAGCAUUUGAAUUAACAGUCAAUCCAUUCCGAGCCAAAAAAAUGCUAUACCUUUAUUUAAGUAAAGAAGAAACUAUCUGCAUUUUUGCUGUUGUGCUAAUAUUCGGACUGCUUGGGUUCGUGUUAAAUCUUCUCUUGAUAUCCUCCAUUACUUUGACCGACGGCUUCGCAGAGAUUCCGGCAAAUUUUUUUGUUUUGAGCCUAGCCGUUUCAGAUACCAUGAUAGACUGCGUUGCAGCUCCUCUUAUGAUUUACAACAUGUACCACUUCGCGUUUGAAGCCUUCCUCGUAGUAGGCAAGUUUUUUGGCUUGGCAACCACUGGAAGCGUAUUCCUCUUAACCCUGAAUCGCUUCAUCUCCACAGUAAAAGCUUUGAAGUAUCCCACCAUUGUGACCUUUAAACGAGCCGUAACUAUGGUUGGCGCUAUUUGGUUUGUCGCCCUCCUUGUCGCUGUCAAGACUACAGCGAGUUUAAUCUCCGAUCUGGUACCAAAUGUGAGUGUUGCACGGAACAUCGUCGUAUUCUACGUUCUAACAUCAAUUGCAUUGUGCGUGUAUAUGUACAAAUUAGGCAGAAAACACGCGAAACGUGUGAAACAGCAGGCGUUUGCCGUAACCGGUGAACUUCAGGCAGCCUCGCAUGAGUUCAAAACGUUACGUACGCUGUUUCUCAUCGCCGGGAGUCUUGGAGCAUGUAUGUUGCCAACAACGGCACUAUUUUUAGUCAUUGAUAGGGAAGAACAUCCUGCUCAGUUUCAUCGUGCAUUCAGUUUUAUUGCACCCUUGGUUCUUCUAAACACAAUUAUAGAUCCUUUUGUGUAUUAUUUUCGAAGUAAAGGAUUUCGCAUGUCACUGAAAACGUUAAAAAGGAGGUUUACAAAUUCUGGAUGUUUUUAUUAACACGAUCAAAGCAAUAUUCUUGUGAUUAGCAUCUUUUGUCAGUGUAGACAGUUACAAAUUGAUUCGAAUAUUAAAAUUAAAACCGGGAUACAUGGAAAUUAUUCCAUAAUGAUAGUAAAUUCUGUUAGCAU